AUGUUUACCAGCCCAAGUUCGCUUGAUCUGCCCACCGGUCCUCGUCAGAUCUUUGAAAAAUCAACAUUCUUCCUGCGAAAUCCCCGGGCCCAGCUUCCAACCCCAGCUCAAGUUCGCGCAGAAUGCAAGGCUCAAGGAGGGAAUUAUGGCUCUGCUCGCCCUUUGCCCGUACGUUUCCCACACCUCGGCCUCAUCGUCAAGUUCGGAUUUGUCGUCUCCAUCACCGAAGGCCAGUGCCUCUUGUGGCUUAAGCAGUUGGGCGUCGUUCGGGUCCCAGAGGUGUAUGGAUGGACGACGGACCGUGUCGGGUACAACCUCGAGGUGUUCCUUUACCUGGAGCUCAUCCCCGCCGUUAGUCUGAAAGAUCGAUGGCGUUGGUUGUCCCGCUCGAACAAGGAGCACAUUGCCCGCGAGCUGCGUGUCAUUAUGGACAAGGUGCACUCCAUCCCACCUGAGCCUGGGGAAGUUUAUAUCGGGUCGAUUGGGAAACAACCAGUGCAGGAAGAUAUCUUCGCCUCGUAUACUGAAGCAAAGCCCGGUCCAUUUACGUCGCUCAGUUCUUUCCACGAAUAUCUCCUGUGUUACUUCCGCCAACCUCCUCAAUGGGUGGAUCCCGACAGACACCUCCUUCCGGACGACGUUCCUAUUCAGUUCACUCAUAGUGAUCUGCACAUGGGAAAUAUCCUUGUGUCGCCCCCCCUGCCGUGGAGCAAAGAAUCUCUGUGGAUGGCAUGGCAGGAGUGGUCCAGGAAUAGAUGGUCACUAAUUUGGGUAUGGCGAGCCUUGUGGUGGGGCACUUGGCGCAGGAUGGAGUGUGGGGAGCCUCGUGUCGUCGCGAUUCUUGACUGGCAACAGUCUGGAUGGCUCCCGUCAUACUGGGAGUACUGCAAGGCGAUGUGGACGGCGGACUUUCAGCCCAGGAGCUGGGGGAACAAAUAUCUGCCUAUGAUCCUCGACAAAAACGAUGUCUUUUGCGUGUGGGGCGACAUUGCAGCUGCAGCAGGUAUCUAGAUGCAGGCAGUAGUGCAUAUUAUUAUGAAUAUGUUUCCACGUCUCGCAAGUCAUCAGAAAGGUAGAUGACUCCCGUCAUUCUAUGUAGGAGUACUGUAAGGCGAUGGUCAUUCCGACAGUUUCCCUGCUUCUUCGACUGUAGAUGCGCAUCUCACUCCAGGAGAACAACAAAAUCUCGCGGCUGUUGACAUGCUCGCCUUCAUCGGAUUCGCAAUCAAGAUCGUUUUCAAACAUUCCUCUCUCCAAACCAGCGUACGGUUUCGGCCUACGUCCACGAUGACGACCACCGUCCAAUCAGAUGCCAACUUCCACGGCGGGAAACGCACACGGGAAUGGGUCCACGAGCCCAGCAUGAUCAAGGAAGAGGCAGAAGGGAUGAUCGCACGAAAGUUGUCGGAUGGUAAUCCAUGGAGGUUGAAAUAGACACAGUAUGACAAUGAAUCGAGCAGGCAAGAAGCCAAACCGUUGCUGUUCCGGGUUCGCUCACCGGAGUGGGCCUAAUUCAGUGGGCACUGGGUCUUCUUGGCUGAGCUCGCUCUGGUGUUAAGAUCGCAUAAUGUACGAUUAUUAUUAGGUUGUUCUCGAUUGUUUAUUCAGUCUGUAAUUUCAUCACAGCAUGUCGACC